AUGAGUGCGACGCUGUCUCCCAAGCGCAAGUCUUCACAGCGUCGCGGCCGCGCUAUCUCGCAUGUCCCUCCUCGUCAAGUCCAAGAACUAAACGAUGCCGCGCUCAAUUCUAUACGCGCAUACCUGAGGGGACGGCAGUCCUACGAUGCGUUCCCGGUUAGCUUUAGAUUGAUCGUGCUGGACACCAAGCUGGAAGUGAGGAAGGCUUUGCAAUGCGUCGUGUCGGCGCCGUUAUGGAAUAGCGAGAAGGCGACGUUUGCUGGCAUGUUGACAGUCCAAGAUAUCAUUCACCUUAUCCAAUAUUACUACCACACAUCAUCAUAUGACAAUGCUGCAGCGGACGUAGAAACUUUUCGGUUGGAGUCCCUCCGAGACAUUGAAAGGAGUUUGGGAGUCGAGCCUCCUCCUCUUCUCCGUGAUCACCCGUCGAGCUCUCUGUAUGACGCCGCCAAACUCCUCAUACAGACUCAUGCUCGGCGUCUACCUCUGCUGGAUAACGAUACCGAUACAGGACACGAAGUCAUCGUAUCUGUCUUGACUCAAUACCGCCUCCUCAAAUUCAUAUCCAUAAAUUGUGCGAAUGAGAUCACCAAGUUACAGAUGCCCCUCCGGAAGUUGGGGAUCGGUACCUAUGUCUACGCUUCACCAUCAUCCCCCGAAACCCUAGAAGGUCAUACGCCAUAUCAUCCCAUUGCGACAGCAACUAUGUCUACACCGGUCUUCGACGUUGUACAUAUGUUCUCUGAACGUGGUAUAUCUGCAGUUCCUAUAAUCGAUGAAGACGGCAUUGUGGUAAACUUGUAUGAGACAGUGGAUGUGAUAACCUUGGUCCGACUCGGGGCGUAUCAGUCAUUGGACCUCACAAUAGCUGAGGCGCUACACCAACGCUCACCCGACUUCCCUGGCGUUGUAAUAUGCACAGCUUCCGACUCAUUAGGCACUCUUCUACAAUUGAUUAAGAAGCGCAGAGUACACCGACUGGUUGUCGUCGAGGGCGAGAAGGGCGGGAGGAAAGGCCGGCUGCUCGGCAUCAUCACAUUGAGCGACGUCUUGCGCUACCUCAUCGGCGAUGUUGGGAUUGGCGAAGUUGCUGAACCUCCUCCGCUUGCCGCGGAGCAUCCUCCUGAGCAAGUCGAACCAACGCCUCUUUCAAUGCCAGCAGGAGAAAAACCGGAGGCAGUGGAUCCUCCUGCACCCGAAGAGGAACCACCGGAGGCUGCAUUGUGA